AUGCAUGUAAACUCUGAUGGGGAACGGGGAAUUCUAGUGAUUGAUGGGGACCUUCACAUGGAACGAGUUGAAACGCAUUUAUUUUUAUUUUACUUUAUUUUUAUAGAGUUUACGGCAGUGGACUUCCUGGGGAAGUACUAUGUUGUAAGCAAUUGUAAAUGUGGAGAAGAAUCUUCACAAAUACACGGCAAAGACAAAUACACGGAAACUCUAAUCCAGAAACUAAGUUCUUGGAGAUGGCGUGUGGCUUAUUUGACACUGUUCGGAAUGAUCGCCCAGAUAAUUCAUAGGAACUGUAUCAGCUUCGCCUUGGUGUGUAUGACGACGGACGUGAGGGAAAACACCAGUGUCGCGCACUCACACGAAGAAAGAGAUGAAUUAUCCAAAUACAGGAUAUCGCAAAAUGUGCUUAGGGACAGUACAACCCAGAGUCUUGUCCUGUCAGCCUACUUCUACGGUCAGCUUGUAUCUCCUUUCAUCUCCGGCCAGGUGUCGUUACGGUUUGGAGUCCGACGUCCCAUGGCGCUAUAUAUGAUGCUCUCUACGUUGUUACUGAUGAUAACACCAGCGGUAGUCCGAGUGAGCUCAUAUUGGCUCAUUGCUAUUCGAGCAUUACAAGGAUUUCUUGGAUCUGGAUGCCUACCGAUGUAUUCUCAGCUGUGGAAUGAGUGGGCCCCAAAGUCUGAACGCAGUCAACUCCUGGCCUUCACCUUCUCAGGUUUGGAUCUUGGAAUACUGAUUGUGUUUGCCAGUUCUGGACAUCUGUGUGAAAUCCCGAUCGAUGAUGGAUGGCCCUUUAUUUUCUACACCAACGGAGGUGUAACACUUGUCUGGUUGGUGAUGUGGCUGGUAUUCAUGACAGAUUCUCCAGUAUCUCAUCGCUGGAUCAGUAUACAGGAAUCAAACUACAUACGAGGGGAUGACAUUGACAACUUAAGAAAGAAGAGUCUUGAUGACCAGAACAAAAUGAGAACUCCAUGGCUACUGAUUCUAAAAUCGGGACCCGUCUGGGCGAUGGUCACUGCCAUGGUUACUGUAGCGUAUGGCAUGACAGUUGUAUUUUCAUACCUUCCAAAAUACAUGAAUGAUGUCUACAAGUUAAACACAAGUGAGAACGGAAUGAUGUCAGCCCUUCCAUUCCUUGGGCGAAGUAUGUCCAUCAUUUCCAUUGGUGUCCUAAGUGACAAAAUACUAGCGAGGAGGGGAAUAUCAGUGACAACUUUAAGAAAAAUCAACCAAUGUCUGUCAUCCUGUUUGGCGGCGCUGUCCAUUUUUCUUGUCCAAUAUGUACAACAGAGUGAAUUGGCCAUUCUCCUCAUAACCAUUUCCACCACGGCUCUCGGUGGCACCAUGUCAGGUUCCUAUACCAAUGCUCUUGAGUUGGCACCCAGGUUUGCCUCAUCCCUGUCUGGGCUUGCCUUUACUAUAAAUGCUUUGGGACAGAUCACUGCUCCAAUGAUUACAUCUCUAAUGACCCAGGAGGAUACGAACGACAGCUGGCACAAUGUUUUUCUCUCCCUGGCGUGUGUCUAUCUCUUUGGAGGUGUAAUAUACGCAUUCUUUGGGAGCAGCGAGGAGCUGUCCUGGUAUUCCCGGAUCGUUAACAACCGGAGGUGUAAUUCACAUGAUAUUCCCAAUAUAUCGUCAACAAUUUUCAGCAAUAAUAACACAGAGACGGGCAGUUUCCUGAAACCGUUAUCUCAAAUAAACUUACUACAUUACACGCAGAAAAUAGACGAAGGAACAGUUCAUUUCUAAGACAAUCAAUACUUCGUUUAAUUCCUGCAGAUAAGAAAACUAUUGUUCUGUUGUUUCUUCUCCCUUAUUUAUUGACUUGUGGUAUAAAUACAAAACAAAAUG